AUGAGGGGGCGGCUCCUGCAGCUCCUGGCCCGCGCCACCACCUACCAGUCGCCUGCUCUGGGCGAUGCGGUGGCGGCGGUGCACGCGCAGCUGCGCCCUUGCUGCAGCGCCGCCUGGCAUGCGCAGCGGCGGCACGCGGCGACAGAGGCGGGCGGCAGCGCGGAGCAGCCUUCAGCACCAGCUUCUGCAGCAGCUGAGCCCGCAGCAACGGAGCCGACAAUACCUGCACCAGCAGCGGCUGCCGCAGCAGCAGCAGAGCCGGCAUUGCCAGCAGCAGAGGCUGCUGCGCCGUCGGCAGAGGCGUUAAACCAGCCGGCCGCAGCGCCGAUGCAGCCCAAACAGAAGGCAGAGCAGCAGGCGGGCAAGAAGCAGGCGGGGGCCAAGACACAGAAGCAGCAGCCCAAGCAGACCAAGCCAAAUCAGGAAGCCAAGGCCGCCAAGCCGAAGCAGCAGCAGAAGGCGGGGGGAGAGGCCGGCGCAGCGGGCAGCUCCAAGGGCGCAGGCGGGCGCACCGCGCGGGUGCCGGGCCUGCCGGUGGGCCGGCUGCUGGAGGUGCCUGAGGGGACCUACUUUGAGGUGCCUCAGGGCAUCCUGCCAGAGGCGACCAAGGAAUACUAUGAGGAUCCGGUGCUCAAGGGCGAGGGCGUGCACGAGCCCAACUACGGCUGCAAGGCGGUGCAGGCGGAGUGGGAGUUCUCGGGGCGGCGCAGCCUGAUGGCGAGGGAGUGCAUGCAGCAGCUGGCGGCGGUGGUGCAGGAGCGCACGCGCCGCCAGCUGUACCUGGAUGGCUGGGCCGGCAGCGGCAAGUCGGUGGCUCUCUACAGCCUGGUGGCCUGGGCCCGCGCCCAGGGCUGGCUGGCCCUCUACCUCCCAUCCGCCUUCUCCCUGGUGCAGACCGGUACCUUCACCCGGGGCGAGGACGGGCUGUGGGAUACCCCCGAGGCCGCCCGCUGGCUGCUGUCCAGCCUGCGCGACAGCCACGCCGCGCAGCUGCCCGACGUCAAGGCCCCCUCGGGCCAGCCGCUGUCGGAGCUGGUGGAAGAGGGACUGGCGGCCGGCGCCAAGCCCGCAGCCGUGGUGGCCGCAGCCAUUGCCGCCAAGGAGGCGGUGGCGGCGUCCACCGAGCUGCCCACCCUGAUUGCUGUGGACGACUACAAUGUCCUGUACUCGCACACCGGCUACCACGAGAGCCUGCACAGCUUCCACCGCCGCCAGCUGGCGCCGGACGAGCUGCGCCUGGUCCGCGCCUUCCGCGUUCUGGAGCAGCCGCCGCCCGCCAACGGCGUGGUCGUUGCGGCCCCCACCUUCGGCCAGCUGGUCAGCGACAAGCUGCGGGUGCCGCGGGCGCGGCAGGCCCGCUUCCACGUGCCGCGCUACUGCCUGCCAGAGGUGGAGUCGGCGGCAGACUACUUUGUGAGCGAGGUGCUGGCGGGGCACGCAGCUCCACCGGACGACGACACUCUGCUGCGCGCCCUCUUCCUCACAAACGGCAACGCCAGGGAGCUGCGGGACUUUGGCCCCGCCCUGCUGGGCCUCCCAGACUCCCCGCUGGGCCUCAGCCGCGGCUACAAGGCCGAUGCUGCCCGCCGCAGGGCGCACGACGCCGGCAUGCUGCAAUAG